AUGAAGGAAUCUAAGGUUCAGAAUACAAUAGCAGGUGCUAAGGGUAUAACGUUCUCCGGGGAUACUUUCAUUGUUCCGGAAACCCACGAUAUGGUGAAAACGCUAUUUGAUCCAAUGGUCAGAAAAUCCUAUUGCGAGAUGAUCAUUUUGGUGAUAUUAGCAGCCAAUGGCUUGGUUUUUUGGCUAAUUGACAACAACACGCUUAGAAUUGAGAUCUUCAUUGGAUUGUACAUCUUCUGGAGAUUUUCGUACAAUUUUGGAAUUGGGUAUUUACUUAACGUGCAAUCUAAUCACCACAAACUCGUGAAAUGGGCAGAAAAGGCUAAAAUAUUUGAACAGAAUGGUUCUUUAGUAUCCAGGUUUGCCGAAAUUGAGAUUAAGUCUCAAAUGGGUCCCGAAUAUAGUGUUCAGAAGUACCCAAUUGAAUUCAAUACUUGGCUCUUGUUCCGUAAGGUGGUAGAUUUGAUCUUGAUGCUGGACUUCACCACUUUUAUAUGUCUUGUUAUAGUUUGUGCUAUUAACAAGGACUAUCAAUUCAUCAACACUGAUCAGCAAGAAGUAUGGUUAAUCUCUACAAGAUUAGUAAUUGGGGCUAUUUUGAUAUUGUUUAAUUUAUGGGUUAAAGUUAAUGCUCAUAAUACUAUUAAAGAUUACGCUUGGUAUUGGGGAGAUUUUUUCUUUCGUCAAAUAAAUAAUGAAGAUUUGAUAUUUGAUGGUGUUUUUGAAAUGGUUCCUCAUCCAAUGUAUUCUGUUGGUUAUGUAGGAUACUACGGAUUCGCCCUUAUCUCGAAAUCAUAUACUAUUUUAACAGUUGCAAUAUUUGGUCACUUUUUACAAAUGAUCUUUUUACAUUACAUCGAAAACCCUCAUAUCGAUAAGAUUUAUGGACCAUCGGGAAAUGAGGCAGAUAUUGAGAAACUUUUGAAGUUGAAAGAUUUAAGACAUUUCGAUAAUAUUAAGCCGUUAGUUGGAUUAUGGAACUUCACAUGGUUGAGGGCUUCUGAUAUGACCAACUUGAUCAUGGUUGGUACAUAUAGUUUUACAAUUCCUUACCUUGCAUCAUUAGUAGAUACAGUUAAGGUUGGCAAUACCGGCAUAAAUCCAGGAAAUGUAUUAUUUGCGUUAACCAUUAUCAUCAAGGUUUUUGAAUCAUUGUCAAUUAAUAUAUUGCUUAUCUUACAAAGUUACUAUAAAACGUUUACGAAGUGGUACCUUUCAAAUGAUAUAUCAUCUGAAAAGACAUUAAACAACUGGUCUAUAAUGUACAAUUCUUUAAUCAGUUUGACCUACUCGUCUUUUUUUGGUUUAAACUUUUAUCACAUCCUUAUUGGUUUAGAAUCUGACAAGCUCUUUAUCAAUAGCUGGGUUUACUUGCGUAUAUUUCUUGGAAUCUUAUUAGUUUUUACACAGGCUUGGAUCAAUUCUUCAAUUAUAGACCUGAUUGGUUAUUUCGGGUGGUUUUACGGUGAUUUCUUUAUUCCAAGGACUUCUCAACAAAGGGCUCAUUUAACUAAAGCCGGUGUUUACCGUUAUUUGAACAAUCCAGAACAAAUAUUUGGUGUAUGUGGCAUUAUGGGUGUGACUUUGAUUAUUCCAUCUUUAGAAAACUUAACAUGUUGUGUUUUAUGGGUUGCUAAUAAUUUCAUUAGAAUUAAUUUCAUCGAGAAAGCUCAUAUGAUUAAGAUUUAUGGCGAACAAGAAGUUAUGAAGGAUUCUGGUGUAACAAAAACCUUUAAGAAACAUUUGAUUCCAGGAGCUAUUCAAAGAAGGUUAAGUAGAGGCUCAGAAGAUAAUUCUAAUUUACUUAAUCAACACAGAAGAAAGAGUAGUAUUAUGGCAGGUGCAACAGAUUCUUUGGACAAUUUUAUCAAAGAAUUGAAAAGUUCUAAUACUCGUUUGACAAAGCAGAAUAUUCUUGAGUUGUCGCAAAAUUUGUACUUUGAAAAUUCAGAUUACAAACUUGCCAUCAAGAAUUUGAAUACAACUGAGAAUAAUUUGUCUACCGCAAUCAUUGGAGAACCGAUUGAAGUUGAGUGGAAAGCACCUCCAAAUCAUUCUUCAAAUGAUUGGAUUGGAUUGUACAAAACGGUUCAAACUACCUACUCUCGUUAUAAAACCUUGAUUUCAUCAUCCGGACGUUGGACACAAGUAACUUCAAAUUCAGGUUCAUAUGUAUUCAAAGGUGAAAAAUUAUUCUGGGAAGAAGGUAUUUAUGAAUUUAGGUAUCACUUAGAUGGUAAGCAUGAUGUUGCCUAUAUUUCAGAGCCGUUCGAACUCAUAUCAGAUAGCAUUGAGGUUCCAUCUUCAAUUGAAGAUAGUAUUGAAUUAGCUAAUGAAUUGAAAUCCAAGGUUUUUGAUAGAGCUAUUGCCGGUUUUGGCUCUAUUGAUUCGCCAAUUGAUUCAACUGUUCAAAAAUCUGGCAACAUUAUUCAAACCUACAAUCGCUUAGCAUAUGUGAUUUCUAAAUCCACUGGUAUCCAUAUUAAUGCAAAGGUCUUUCUUUACGCUGACAGUGAAAACGAAUUAACUGUGCAUAAGUUAAGUUUAAAGCUCAUAAAUAUUAGAAAAGUAUUGGAAGAUUUGUCCCAUGCCCAAUAUGCAUUGAGCGAAGAAAAGAAAGAAGAGUAA